UUGCGCGCGAACCAAACAUGGCGAGGAUAAAGCAAGAUGGCGUCUGACGGUGAAGACGUUAUUACAGUCGUCACAAUUCAGUGUUCUUAACCUGUGCGUCCAUGUACACAUAUAUGUCCUUUAGUAGACUCUAUUAAAUAGAGUAAACAUCGUUAAGAAUUGUUUGCACCCGGUUAUAUUAGUCUGAGCGCACUUUGAUGCUACUCGAGCUAGCUUAGCUUGCUAAUUAGCUUAGCUUGUUAGCUGCUAACGAAUAGACGCAGAAGUGAUCAAAACAUCGCUAAGCAGAGAAAUCAAGUGUGAGUGUAAAGUGUUGUGAUUGUGUGAAAAUGUGCGAAAGAACGAUAGAGUACGAGGAGGAACUUUGUCCAACAAAAGAGGAGAACGAACAACAACAUCAAAAACUUCAAGUUGUGUUACACAGAACAGACAUCCAUCAGCUGAUUGAACACCAAGAAGAAUGUCUCCCUCAUCUGCAGGGGGACAUUUUCACUUUAGAGUAUCCACAGCCCAUCCAUUUUAAAGGGGACGAGGAGGAUCCACAGCCCCCCCAUUUUAAAGAGGACGAGUGUCUUGUAGGGCAGGAGGCGACUUAUCUCACCAAGUUUCCACUGACUGUUGUCUCUGUGAAGACUGAAGACCAUGAAGACAAACCACCUGAGUCCUCACACCUUCAUCACAGUCCAAACGUCUGUGAAGAACAUCUCCCUGAGCAGCAAGAGCGGACCUCAAGGAUGGAGCAGAAUCAGUCACAACCCCCCUAUAUUAAAAAGGAAAAGGAGGAGCUGCAGUACCCCCACAUUGAAGAGGAAGAGGAAUCAAAGCAACCCCACGUUAAAGGGAAGGAGGAGCCACAUACCUCUCACAUUAAGGAGGAAAAAGAGUCACAGCCCUCCCUCACCUUACAGAGAAAGAGGAGUCACAGCUCUGCUCACACUAAAGAAGAAGAGGAGGACCCACUAACCCCCCAUUUUAAAGAGGAAGCUCAACAUUACCCUCACAUCAAAGAGGAAGAGGAGGAACACAGCAUCAGUCCGGUGGGAGAGCAUCUUGAAUGUUUGGAGGAGUUCCCAGUGAUUGGUGUGAUUGUGAAGAGUGAAGAUGAUGAGGUCAACGGUGAAAGUGAGGAGAAGAGAGAGGCGGAGCCUCCAAGCAGCAGCUCAACUCAACACAUGACAACAGAAGCUGAUGGAGACCACUGUGGAGGAUCACAAGCAGACAAGAUCUUAGCUCCACUAUCAGAUAGUGACGACACAACGUCUCAUUCUCCUGACACUGAUGAUGAAGACUCUGAAGAUGAUAAGACAUGUCACACUGACAACACACACUUGACAUGUUCUCACUGUGACAAAACUUUUAAACACCAUUGUCAUCUGAAAUUACACAUGAGAACACACACUGGAGAAAAACCUUUUUCCUGCUCAAAAUGUGGUAAAGGUUUUUCACAAAAUUGUAAUUUGAAACAACACAUGAGAACACACACUGGAGAAAAACCGUUUUCCUGUUCAGAAUGUGGUAAAGGUUUUUCACAAAAUUGUAAUUUGAAACAACACAUGAGAAUACACACUGGAGAAAAACCUUUUUCCUGCUCAGAAUGUGGUAGAGAUUUUAGUCUAAAACAAAUGCUGAAACAACACAUGAGAAAACACACUGGAGAAAAACCUUUUUCCUGCUUAGAAUGUGGUAGAGAUUUUAGUCUAAAACAAAUGCUGAAACAACACAUGAGAAAACACACUGGAGAAAAACCUUUUUCCUGCUCAGAAUGUGGUAAAGUGUUUUUUCGAAGUGAUCAUUUGAAAACACACAUGAGAAAACACACUGGAGAAAUUUUUUUUUCCUGCUCUGAAUGUGGUAGAGAUUUUAAAAUAAAACACUUGCUGAAACAACACAUGAGAAUACACACUGGAGAAAAACCCUUUUCCUGCUCAGAGUGUGGUAAGGGUUUUUCACGAAAUGAUAGUUUGAAACAGCACAUGAGUACACACACUGCCGAACAAUCUUUCUCCUGCUCUGAAUGUGGUAAAGGUUUAAAACAUAAUCGUGAUUUGAAAAACCACAUGACAAUACACACUGGAGAAAAACCUUUUUCCUGCUCAGAAUGUGGUAGAGAUUUUAGACAAAAAAAAAUGCUGAAACAGCACAUGAAAAUACACAGUGGAGAAAAACCUUUUUCUUGUUCAAUUUGUUGUAAAGGUUUUACACAAACUAAGUCUUUGAAAGUUCACAUGAGAAUACACACUAGAUAAAACCCCUUUACUUGUUCAAUCUGUUGUAAAGGUUUUGGAUGAAGUCAAUAUUUGAAAAGACAUGAGAAAAAACACAGUGUUGUGUUGUAGUGUGUGAACUGUCAAAACUUGAAUAUUGACUUUCUAACAACAUCAGCACAUAUAACAUGUGUGACGUCAUUGUUGUGUGUGUAACACAAUCUUGUUAAUAUGAUUUUAACAUUCAUAGAUCAUAUCAUGUAGCUGAGCUAUCUUGAUGGAGGAAAGAUGAAAGCACAUGUACCAGAAGCAGCAGCAGCAUUAAGAGGAAACAUUUCAAAUGGACUUCUAGAAAUGUCAAUGAAGUGGGAAAAAAAGAGUAAAGUGUGAAAAUAAAAGACUUCAGACUAA